UUAAGCUCCUUCCAGAAACAAAAAAGCGUGACGGCGAUUCUAAAGUGAAUUUUGUGUUAUAAAUACAAUAAAAAAUGUCGACUAUAGCUGCACCUUUGUCUGUAGCAGGGACAAGAUCCUGCGGAGACCCAGUGAGAACACAAAAUGUAAUGGCAGCAGCGGCUAUAGCAAACAUAGUAAAGAGCUCCCUUGGGCCAGUUGGUCUGGAUAAGAUGCUGGUUGACGAUAUUGGGGAUGUUACAGUCACUAACGAUGGUGCCACAAUAUUAAAAAUGCUGGAAGUGGAGCAUCCUGCUGCCAAAGUCUUAGUGGAACUAGCACAGCUACAAGAUGAAGAAGUUGGAGAUGGUACCACAUCUGUAGUCAUCAUUGCUGCUGAACUACUUAAGAAUGCAGAUGAACUAGUGAAGACCAAGAUCCAUCCAACAAGCAUUAUCUCAGGAUACCGUCUCGCCUGUAAAGAAGCAGUCAAGUACAUUCAGGAUAACCUCACAGUAACAGUAGAGUCACUUGGCAGGCCGUCUCUGAUCAACACAGCCAAAACAACCAUGUCAUCUAAACUAAUUGGAGCUGAUGCAGAUUUCUUCUCGGAGAUGGUUGUAGAUGCUGCACAGGCAAUCAAAACAAUGAACCCCAGAGGAAAUACUAUAUACCCUAUCAAAGCUAUUAACAUUCUGAAAGCCCACGGCCGCAGUGCCAGGGAAAGUGUACUUGUCAAAGGCUAUGCUCUGAACUGCACUGUAGCAUCACAGGCAAUGCCGAAGAAGAUUCUCAAUGCAAAGAUCGCCUGCCUUGAUUUUUCUCUGCAAAAAACUAAGAUGAAAUUGGGCGUUCAGGUUCUUGUGACUGAUCCAGAAAAAUUAGAAGCGAUCCGUGCAAGAGAACUGGACAUCACCAAAGAACGCUUACAGAAGAUUCUCGCUACCGGCGUCAAUGUUAUUCUUUGCACGGGAGGCAUUGAUGAUCUAUGUUUGAAGUAUUUCGUUGAAGCUGGAGCAAUGGGUGUCAGGAGGUGUAAGAAGGCAGAUCUAAAAAGGAUCGCCAAGGCUACUGGAGCUACUUUUUUGACUUCUUUGACUAAUAUGGAUGGUGAAGAAGUAUUUGAAGCUAAUAUGAUUGGUGAAGCCGCUGAAGUGGUCCAGGAACAAAUCUGUGAUGAUCAACUUAUUUUAAUCAAAGGGCCGGCAGCGCGCACGGCCGCGUCGCUCAUCCUGCGCGGUCCCACGGACGCGUACUGCGACGAGAUGGAGCGGUCCGCGCACGACGCGCUGUGCGCCGUGCGCCGCGUGCUGGAGUCCGGCAAGCUCGUGCCCGGCGGCGGCGCGGUGGAAGCGGCACUCUCCAUCUACUUGGAGAACUUUGCGACUACCCUCAGCUCCCGCGAGCAGUUGGCUAUUGCAGCGUUUGCGCAGUCUCUCCUCGUGAUCCCGAAGACGUUGGCAGUUAACGCGGCGCGGGACGCCACCGACCUCGUCGCCAAGCUACGAGCCUACCACAAUUCAUCACAAACCAAGGUGGAACACGCAAACCUCAAAUGGGUAGGUCUGGAUCUAACAGAAGGAACACUCCGGGACAACCUCGCAGCCGGAGUCCUCGAGCCAGCGAUAUCCAAGAUCAAAUCGUUGAAAUUCGCAACAGAAGCUGCGAUUACUAUUCUCCGUAUUGACGAUAUGAUCAAACUCGACCCCGAACAAAGAGGCAAGAGCUAUGAAGACGCUUGCAAUGCCGGUGAACUGGAUUAAUAUCAGUUACCCCGCAAAACUUAGUGCAUUUAGACUAUGUAACAUAAUGCGGCAUUAUGAAAAGAAUAUUAUAUUUUCAUACCUAUGGCAUUAUCUCUAUUGAAACUUCUUGCUAGUGUCGUCGCCGCUUAUAGUAAUAACUUUCAUACAAUUUUAAUUUGUAAUUUGUAUCCUACUUCGAAUAAUACGGAAUUUCGGUUCAACCCAAUUCCAUGGGAGGUUUGAAUAGUGACAUUUGACAUUUUCAAAUGGUUAGCCAUUGCUUGUUACAAAACACCACACGAACCUAGGAUAUAUUUGUAUUAUCUUUUAAAUUACAUUCAAUAAUAACUUUAGUUUGUUAAAAAAAGUCUAAAAUAUUUUGUAAGAUAGGAAUUAAUGUCAUAUAUGUUACUUUAACACUACUAUGGUAGAUACCGAAAAUAUUGAAAACGUUUUGGGAAUCUACGCUGCGAUCACAAUACUAUCUCUGAGUGCUUGAGGUGCCUGAACGUAAAUUUUAUCUUUAUAUAUGGUAAAUUCUAAAACAGACGCUAGUUUUGUUAAUUGUGUAUCUAAAUAGUGUUAUCCGAUCUUGCAAAAAAAUUGUAAUUCGUUUAUAGAUUGUCACAAUUCAACUAAUAUGCAUAUGAAGGAAUGAUCAUUAUAUUUAUUUUGUCAACCAAACGGUUAAUUUGCUUUUAACAAACUUAACGCUAGUUUAUUUGCUAGGACGUAAUGCGUCAUCAAUUAAUAAAUUUUAAUACAAUA